AUGGCUUGUGCAUGCCGCAUAUCGUCUUUACAACUCUUCGUGCGGGGACUUAGUCAAGUCCACAACACUGGUUUCCUCGCGCCGCGCAAUUUUCAGCGAGCCCCGACACUACGAUCCUCGUCUGCUUUGCGAGUUGCCUUCUCGACAACCCCCCUUUCCCGAAGCGAUACUGCGGAGAAGCCGGCGGAGGAUGGACAGGCCGUCGCCACGAACCAAGCCGAUGGCCCUCCAUCGUCUGCAGCGCCUACGUCCUCAGACAGCACGAGUGACUUGACGUGGACGAUAGAAGCGCCCGCCAAUGCAAAGGACACCUCCCGGGGCUCGCCAAGCCCCAGAUCCAUCAAACCAAAACGGAAACCAAAAAAGGCAAGAGAGUUGAAGACAGAGGGCAAACCACAGUCGACCGACGGCUCCAUGGCAACAUCAAGCAAGCCGUACGCGGGCGCAAAGAGAGCGGCGGGCGAGAGCGAGGCCGACCCAGCGCAGGCGCCCCCGCCGCAACACCGCCGCGAAAACUGGCAGCUCCAGAAAGACGCCCUCAAGAAGAAGUUUCCCGAGGGCUGGCGUCCGAUGAAGCGCCUGUCGCCUGACGCCGUGGCGGGCAUCCGCGCGCUGCACGCGCAGUUCCCCGAGGAGUACACGACGGCCAAGCUCGUGGAAAAGUUUGAGGUCUCGCCCGAGGCGGUGCGGCGCAUCCUCAAGAGCAAGUGGCAGCCGUCGCCGCAAGAGGAGGAGGAGCGGCAGACGCGGUGGUUUCGGCGUGGCAAGGAUGUCUGGGCGCGCUACGCGGAGCUCGGCAUGAAGCCGCCGCAGAAGUGGCGGGCCGAGGGCGUGACGCGUGACCCGACGUACCACGAGAAGAGGCAGGCCGCCAUUGCGCGACGCAAGGAGGAGGAGGCCAAGGAGGCUGCGGGCGCAAGGCUGCAGCGGAAGAUGGGCGGGGGGUUCCUGUGA